CUUUCCUUGCUUUAUACAAACCGACAAAUCCCCCACUGGUACUGACACUGACACAUCCCCGAGAUCCAACGUACAUUUCAGGAACCCAUCUUUCGCACGUGCCAUCCCUGAACUCGCACGUGCCACCUCUCUUCUUCCCCCUUCCUUUCUCUGUUCUAAGAUUCCCCCAGCCGAAAAUAAAUUAUUAAAUUAAAAAAAUAAAUUCCCAUCAUCAAUCUUAAAACUCCUUCAAAAUUAGGGUUUUGUCCCCCACAUUUUUCGAAUUUUCUUCCAUUUUUUUAUGAAAUCCUCAGUCUAGAACAAAAUUUCUUGAAAGUUUUUUGUUUGUUCAAUCUGAAAAUGGAGUCGAUUUUAGCUCGAGCAUUGGAGUACACUUUGAAGUACUGGCUUAAAUCUUUCUCAAGAGAUCAGUUCAAAUUACAAGGCCGUACUGUACAACUUUCCAAUUUAGAUAUAAAUGGAGAAGCUUUGCAUGCGAGUAUGGGAUUGCCGCCGGCUUUGAAUGUGACGACAGCGAAAGUUGGGAAAUUGGAGAUAAUUCUCCCCUAUGUCAGUAAUGUACAGAUCGAGCCAAUUGUUGUGCAAAUUGAUAGGCUUGAUUUGGUUCUGGAGGAAAAUCUGGAUGUUGAUUCUCCUAGGAGCUCAAGCAGCAUGCAAUCAUCCACCACCUCAGGGAAGGGUAGCGGUUAUGGGUUUGCUGACAAGACUUCUUUCAGUUCAAAGAAAGAUAUCACUAUCACCCAAUUUGAGGAAGUGUCAACUGGAAAAAUCAUCGGAGUACUACAGAUGUCUUGGAAACAAGGAGAGUUGGAUAGAGAAGAGAUUGAGAAGCUGAGAAGUCUAUUGAAAACCCUUGAAAGGCCUACUGGGAUUGCAGAUGGAAUGACUUUACAAGUUCAGACAGUCAAUCUUCUACUUGAGACUCAUGGUGGUGCUCGUUGCAAAGGGGGUGCAGCUUGGGCAUCACCUAUGGCAUCUAUCACCAUGCGCAACAUUUUAUUAUAUACCACUAAUGAAAAUUGGCAGGUUGUAAAUCUUAAGGAAGCACGGGAUUUCUCCUCAAAGAAAAAUUUCAUAUAUGUUUUCAAGAAACUUGAAUGGGAAUCUCUAUCUAUUGAUCUCUUGCCUCAUCCUGAUAUGUUCACUGAUGCUAAUUUAGCACGUUCUCAAGAGGGAGCAACUCAAAGAGAUGAUGAUGGCGCAAAACGUAUUUUCUUUGGUGGAGAACGUUUUCUUGAAGGCAUAUCAGGAGAGGCUUAUAUCACAGUGCAGAGGACAGAAUUAAACAGUCCACUAGGCCUUGAGGUUCAGUUACAUGUUACAGAGGCUGUUUGUCCUGCAUUAAGUGAACCAGGACUCCGAGCUCUUCUCCGCUUCUUGACUGGAUUAUAUGUAUGUCUAAAUAGAGGAGAUGUGGAUCUAAAAGCUCAGCAGCGAUCUGUUGAAUCAGCAGGACGCUCUCUAGUUUGUGUCAUUGUGGACCACAUAUUUCUUUGCAUCAAGGACGCUGAGUUCCAGCUUGAACUUUUGAUGCAGUCACUCCUCUUUUCUCGGGCCAGUGUCUCUGAUGGAGAAAAUUCUCGUAAUUUAUCUAAGGUUAUGAUUGGUGGGCUGUUUUUAAGGGAUACCUUUUCACACCCUCCCUGUACUUUAGUGCAACCAUCCAUGAAGGCUGUUGCUGAUUCUUGUCUUCAAAUUCCUGAAUUUGGUAAGAAUUUUUGCCCUCCAAUAUAUCCUCUGGAUGAGCAACAAUGGCAAUUAACUGUUGGUGUUCCUCUAAUAUGCCUCCACUCUCUUCAAGUCAAGCCCUCUCCACUCCCUCCAUCUUUUGCUUCACAAACUGUAAUUGGUUGCCAGCCUCUUAUGAUUCAUCUUCAGGAAGAAUCUUGUUUGAGGAUAUCUUCCUUCUUAGCUGAUGGAAUAGUUGUCAAUCCUGGUUCUAUUUUACCGGAUUCGUCAGUGAAUUCCCUUGUGUUCACUCUCAAGGAAUUAGAUAUUAGUGUUCCUCUCGACACGUGCAAAUUGGAUAAUCCUGGUGGUGGAGAGAACCAUAUCAUGCAAAAGUCGUUUGCUGGGGCUAGGCUUCACAUUGAAAGGUUGUUUUUCUGUGAGUCACCAUCACUAAAACUCAAGCUGCUGAACCUGGAGAAGGAUCCUUCUUGUUUCUCUCUCUGGGAUGGUCAACCUAUUGAUGCUAGCCUGAAGAAAUCGACUGCUGCAGCAUCACAAUUCACUUUGUCUUUGGAAACAACUGCUAGCUUAACGGGACUUCAAAGUUCUCUUGGCUGGUCUUCAGGCUUGUGGAGGUGCAUUGAGCUGAAAGAUGUUUCCAUUGAGGUAGCUAUGGCAUCUGCUGAUGGCUACCCAUUAACAGUUGUGCCUCCUCCAGGUGGUGUUGUCAGAAUAGGGGUUGCUUGUCAACAAUUUAUGUCCAAUACAUCGGUUGAGCAGUUAUUUUUUGUCUUGGAUCUCUAUGGGUAUAUUGGUACAGUUAGUGAAAAGAUUGCUGUGGUUGGAAAGAAUAAAAGACCAAAGAGAAACAAGGAUGAUACUGUGGGUGGAAGACUAAUGGAGAAAGUUCCAAGUGAUACUGCUGUAAGUUUAGCAGUAAAUGUUCUUCAGCUUAGAUUUCUCGAAUUAUCCUCUGCAGAUAUCCAGGGCAUGCCUUUAGUUCAGUUUAUUGGAAAUGAUCUGUUCCUUAAAGUCACUCACAGAACUCUUGGUGGUGCUAUGGCUGUUUCAUCGACUUUGUGUUGGGAGAGUGUUCAGGUGGACUGUGUAGACACAGAGGGAAACAUUGUACACAAGAAUGGAAUGCUUUUAGAUUCAAUUGAAAAUGGUUCUCUGGUGACUGGGAAUGGAUUUUCUCCGUUAAGAGCCGUUUUUUGGGUACACAACAAGAAGAAGAGCCUAUCAAAUGGAAAAGCUUCACUAGUUCCAUUUUUAGACAUAAGCAUCGUGCAUGUCAUUCCUUUCGAUGAGCGGGACAAAGAGUGUCAUAGUUUAAGUGUGUUAGCUUGUAUAUCAGGUGUGCGCUUAGGUGGAGGAAUGAAUUAUACCGAAGCUCUGCUACAUCGGUUUGGAAUUAUUGGGCCUGAUGGUGGUCCCAGCAUAGAGCUAUCUAAGGGCAUAGAGAACUUAUCAUCAGGGCCACUGUCAAAACUUCUAAAACCUUCAGCUUUCAUUGGUAAUGAUCUUGAGGAUGGUGGAACCUUUGGAGGGGUGAAAGAUGAUAGUUUUUUGCACCUGGGAAUGCCAGAUGAUGUGGAUAUAUCCAUUGAAUUACAAGACUGGUUAUUUGCUCUUGAAGGUGUGCAAGAGAUGGCUGAAAGGAGGUGGUUUGAGAAAGAAGUCUUGGGCAGAGAGCAGAGGUGUUGGCACACAACUUUCCGGAGUUUGCAAGUAAAAGCAAAAAGUAGUCCAAAGGAUGUCCCUAAUGGAAAAGGGAUUUCACAUGGAAUUCGGGGAUAUCCUGUGGAGUUGGUCACAGUCAGUGUGGAAGGCUUGCAGACCUUGAAGCCUCAGGCCCAUAGGUGCAUCCUUCAAGACGUAUCUCCUGCAAAUGGAUUCAAAGAAAGUUUUGAAACAUUAGGAGGGGUAAAUCUUGAAGUUCGUAUGGUGAUAUCAGAAGAUAAUUUUGAUAAUGAAAUGGUCAACUGGGUGGUGGAAAACUUGAAAUUUUCUGUCAAACAACCGAUUGAGGCUGUUGUAACCAAGGAUGAACUUCAGCACCUUGCUUUCGUGUGCAAGUCUGAAGUUGAUUCAAUGGGUCGUAUAGCUGCUGGAGUCUUGCGGCUGCUCAAGCUGGAAAAGUCGCUUGGCAAGGAGGCCAUAGAUAAACUUAGCAACCUUGGAACUGAUGGGUUCGACAAGAUUUUCUCCUCGGAUAAGCUCGGCCGAGGCAGCAGUGCUGGAAGUAUUGGGCAAUCUCCUCCAAAAGUGAUUAAUGAAGACCAGCGCUCGACUGUGGCUUUGCUUGAGGAGGCAGUUUCGGAUUCGCAGGCCAAGUGUGCAGCUCUUGUUACUCAACUAUCCAAAUCAGAAUCUUCCAAGGAGCAUCUUACUAAUAUUAAAGAACUGAGACAGAAACUAGAAGGUAUGCAGAGUUUACUGGUGCAAUUACGGGGUCAAAUGUGAUUUACCAGUUUUUUUCUCAUUCUUUUUUGCAAAUUUUGGGACAGAAUGCAUCCCAAUCAUAUAGAUUACUCAUUCUUUCCUGUAUAUAAUAAACACAUAAAUUUACUGUCUUGAGUGUGUCUAUUAAUUAGGCAUAAAGGAAAAGCUGUUCCUUGGUGUAAUCCGAAAUUUUGUUUCUUAAAACAAACCAUUCCCAAAACAAUGUUUAAGGAAAGAAUAUUUUGUGGUUGGAGGCUGCUGUACUGUGCUUUAGAUUUCUAC